AUGCACAUGGAAAAGUACCACAUGGAAGUUCUACUACGUGCGAAGCAAGCGCAACAAGAGGAGAGGGUCAGGUCGGCUAAGCGUCAACUCGAGAAUGCGUAUGACCAAGCACCUGAGUCGUCGAAGAAGCAGCUCACAGAAGACUCGGACGCCGUACAGACCUGGGUUCUCGAAGUGGAGGCAUUUCCUGGCAUGCAUACCGGUGUCGCCAUUGCCAACGGCCUGGAGGAUAUGAUGAAGCGUUGGGAGUUAAAGACAGAACUGUGUACAUUGCUGGUUCGUGAUGGCGCCUCGAACGCAGUUCUUGCAGCUGAGUUCAUGGGUGUCAACAACAUGUCAUCGCGACAGAAAGAAGUUACGGCCGUUGUUGAUGCGGCUGCAACUGACAGCGAGGUUCCAGUCGGUAACACAACUCCUGAGUCCGCUGUCCACCCAGCGGCUCACUCGGUCAUCCACCCUACUGGCCAUCUCAAACAAGAGGACGAAGUUGUCCAAGCCCCAGAAGCGGAACCACAAGCUGCCAUUCAACUCAAAGACUGGAAGCGCUCGGCACUGCAUCUCAUCACCGAUUGCCCCACGCGGUGGAACUCAUGUCGCGACACGCUGGCCCGAUUGAUCGAGCUACAGGCACCCUUGGAUGAUUUCUUCAGUCGUCUAGAGAGACCGGAGUUCAAGGAGGAGUUCAGAUACUUGACUGUGACGAAAGUGCUCAGUGGGGAUUCCUAUCCGACUUUGGCACUGGUAUUCCCCAUGCUACGCAGGAUCAAAGCGGUACUGGGCGACUCUGGCAUCUUCUCGAAGCAAGCGUCAUUGGUCGGACGCCAGGAGUUCCAGCGUGAGGUCCUCGAGCCGGUGAGCAAUGUGCGCAAAGCCGUUCUGCACCUCUUCACGCAGCGAUUUAGAGGGAUGAGCUUCGAUCUGGUCUGGAUAACGUUCCUUGACCCUCGCUUCCACAAGAUGAAACUACUGACGCAAUCCGAAACCGAGGAAGCCAAGAAAUGUUUGGUUGAUGCUGCUGCACUUGCUGUACGCAAUUCCACCGGAAAAUCAGCUACGCCUGUUCCAGACGCUCGUGUCCGUCCGGCAAACCCAUCGCCAAGCGAUGAUACUGCGGAUGAUCUGCUGGGGUAG